CUCCUCCCCUCCCCAGUCCCCACACAUUAUCUUCACUUCCGUUCCUUCUCUCAUAGCUUUCCAUAUCUUCCCGCAGAAGGAGGAGAAGAAGCAGCAAAACGCCAUCCCACUGUCGGUCAGUCAGUCAUUCUCUCGCGCUAAUGGCUCGCGUAGGCCUCACGACAAGACCUCGCGCUUUCCCUUUGGCUUCUUCCUCUUCCACGCCUAAUUCCCCUCCUCCUCCUCCUCCUUCUUCUUCUCCUCCUCCUCCUCCCACCAAGCGAAGGAAAGUCAACCACCGCGGCGCCGCCGGAGCCAGAAAUGAAGACGAGCAGCAAGAAUUUUCUAGGUUGAAAAUGCCCGACCGCGGCGAUGGAGGAGAAGACUACUCCACAACUAGCUCGGCAGCAGGGGACGGUCGCCGGAGUGGAGAGAUGGAGAAGCGCUCCUCAAGCCCUAUCGCGACGGCGGCGGAUGCGGCAGAGGAGGAGAAAGUUGAUCGGCUCGGCUCCUCCGACGCUUUCUGCUGCUCCAGUAAUGGAUCGAGCGAGGGAGCGUUUGAAUUCUCAGAUCUGGAGGAGGAAGCUGAAAUCGAAUCGCCGAUGAGUAGCAGCGACGGGAGAGAAAGGAGAGAGACGACGAGUAGUCGGGCGACGGUGAUAGUCAGGACGACGACGACGACAGGAGAAGAGCUCAAGUCAAUGGAGAGGCAAGAGCUGCGGAAUUCCACGGCGGAGGGGGGAGAGGAAGAAUCGUCCGCUGCGGCUGUGCGGAAUUCGACGACGGACCGGCAGAGGAUGGCGGUGACGGAAGCGGAGCUGGAAUUGUUCUUCAGCAGUAUGAGCGGCGGGAACCAGGAACUGAAUCGAUUGAAUGAGAAGUACAACUUCGACUUUGCCAACGAGAAGCCGUUGGAAGGACGUUACGAGUGGAUUCCAUUAAAGCCAUGAGAGAGGAAGAGGAAGAAGAAGAAGAAGAAGGAAUUCUUCUGUGGUUUGCUGAUCUCAGCCUUACUCAGCAGCGGCCUCGUAAUUGUUAACUAUUCAUUCACAAUUGUUCCAAAAAUUAGGUAUCUCUUCCCUCUCUCUCUGGAUCGCCGAUCUCUUUUGCAGCUGCCGCCUUCUUUGGUUAACCUAAUUUAUUAUUAUUAUUAGAAUUUCCUUUUUUAUUUAUUUAUCUCCCCAAAUGCCCAUAAGAUUUUUAUCUGCAAAAUUUACCGUUCUAACUUGUACAGUUGUAGAGUAGUAUUAUUAUUUGUUGCGUAGUGUACGGCUUUUUACGAGUAGCAAGGAAGGAAGCUUUUUUUAUUUUCCAUUUAUAUUAUUUUGGGCUAUUGGCCCUUUACUCUCUUUUGGCUGUUCAAAGGCUCUGUUUGCACAGAAAGAAAAGGGAAAUCCACUUGGGAAUGGCGAACGUUUGAUGUUUUCUGCUUGGCCUCGUCGACGGUUCGACUUCUAAUUGGACGGUUGUGGUGCAUGGUGGUAGUGGGAAAGUGUGGGGGUGGUUAAUUGGCGGAUUAACAUCAAUCCACCCGUAAUAUAAUUCGAAUGGUAGUGAGUGAUUGAUUUAUGUGAGUUGAUUAUGGAUCGAUAAAUCUUGUACUCGCACUUUUUCGAGGGAGUAAUGAAUGAGUUGCAGUCACUAGAAUAACUCGCAUUCCUUUUUAACAUGGCUCAAAGUAGUUUUUUUAUGCAAUCGAAUGGUCAUGAUAUUUUCUAACCAUACUGCACCCUUACCUUUCUUAAAACAAAGAAUAUCCUUGGACUUAAUAGGUUACCAUGUUGUCUAAUAUUUAUUAUAUAUUGAGAACCCUUACCUUCUGAAAAUAAAGAAUAUCCUUGGAC